AUGGGCAAGAGAAAGGAAGGCAGCCCCAUCGCGCCCUCUUCACAGCGCAAAAAACAAAGGCAAGAGGCGGAGGGCACGUAUGACUAUGAGGGGGAUAACGUUCAGGCCGGACCCAGUGUCUCUAAUGACUGUGCGCACCACAGAGAGCGAAGGGACGAAGCCAAUAACUCACAUACUGACCGUGACAAUGGGAAUUCUGUGUCCUGUGAUUCUCAGUCAUGCACAGGUGAAAUUGGAAUCAUUGAAUCCAUCUUUCUGAGAAACUUCAUGUGUCAUUCAAUGCUGGGACCUUUUCGCUUUGGACCAAACGUUAACUUUGUUGUAGGAAACAAUGGGAGUGGCAAAAGUGCAGUAUUGACUGCUCUCAUUGUGGGCUUGGGUGGAAAAGCUGCUGUUACCAACAGAGGAUCAACAAUAAAGGGAUUCAUCAAGGAUGGAGAAAAGUUUGCAGAGAUCUCUAUUAAAUUACGGAACAGAGGGCAAGAUGCUUACAAACCUGAUGUAUUUGGGAACUCUAUAACAGUAAGGCAAAGAAUCACUAAAGAGGGCGGUCGCACAUACAAGCUAAAAAGUGCAGCAGGUGCUGUCAUUUCUAACAAGAAGGAGGAGCUUACAAUGAUCCUUGAUCAUUUCAAUAUACAGGUAGAUAACCCAGUGUCUGUUCUAACUCAAGAAAUGAGUAAGCUUUUCCUACAGUCUAAGAAUGAAUCUGACAAGUAUAAGUUCUUCAUGAAAGCAACACAUCUAGAGCAGAUGAAGAAAGAUUACAGCUACAUCAUGGAAACAAAGUCCAAGACUCAUGAUCAAGUUAAAAAUGGUAGUGAGCGACUCCGUGACCUGCGGCAGGAGUGUAUACAGAAAGAGGAGAGCUUUAAUAGCAUUGCCUCGCUGGGAGAAAUGAAAAUUAAUCUGGACAAUCUAAAGAAUACAAUGGCGUGGGCUCUGGUAAUUGAGGCAGAGAAACAGAUUAGACCAAUUAGAGAUCAAAUUGUAGCUGAGGAAGGACAAACAGUGAAGUAUGAACAGAAGAUUGAUGAAUGCCAGGGCAAAGUUAAUAUUGCUGAAGAGAAGUUCCGGGCUAAACAAGGGGAGCUUGAUAAGAUCACUCAGGAAGCUGCAGAACUGAAGCCCAAAGUCAUAGCUCUAAAAGAUGAUGUCCCAAAAAAAAGGAAAUCCUAUAACGACGCUGAGGCGUCGUAUAACCGGCAAAUAAUGGAAUUAAAACGUUUACAAAAGGAUGCAGAACAACUGAGCAAACGUAUUGAGGAACUGAAAAAAAGGGAUGGUAAUGCAUCUGAGAGUGAAAAGAUGGCACGGCAGCAAGAGAUAGCCCAAAUAACGGAGAGGAAGGAAAAACUUCAUAAUAACGAAAUUACCAUUGGUCAGGAAAUUAAGCAGCUACAAGAGGCGAUUGAGAAGCAUAAGGAAGAGCGUAUCAGAAUUGAAAAUGAAGAGCGGAAUGUAAAACAAAGGCUGGAGCAGCACAAGAGACAGCUGAGGGAGCUACGUGAGAGUAAGACGGACCGGUUAAAGAGAUUUGGGCAGAAUAUCCCAUCCCUUCUGGCUGCAAUUGAUGAGGCUUAUAAUCUAGGCCACUUUAGAAAAAAGCCUUUUGGACCUUUGGGUGCCUACAUCCAUCUGAAAGAUCAAGAGUUGGCACUUGCAGUUGAGUGUUGUCUUAAAGGGCUCCUGUUUGCCUUCUGUUGUGAUAAUCACCACGACGAAAGAAUGCUUCAAAAUAUAAUGUCACAACAACAUUCACAAGGCAGAAGACCACAAAUUAUUGUCAGCGAGUUUCGGAAUAAUGUCUAUGAUGUUAGCCAGAGAGCCACCUUUCAUCCCAACCAUCCAACUGUGUUGACUGCUUUGGAAAUCGACCAUCCCGUGGUGGCAAAUUGCCUGAUUGAUAUGAGAGGCAUCGAGACAAUAUUAAUUAUUAAGGAUAAGACUGAAGCAAGAGAAAUAAUGCAGAAAAGGGUCCCCCCUAGAAACUGCCGCGAGGCCUUUACAGGUGAAGGCGACCAGGUUUAUACAAACCGUUACUAUUCAUCGGACAUUCGCAGGGCCGCUCUCUUAAGUCGUGAUGUUGAAGCAGAAAUAAGUCAUUUGGAGGAAGAGCUCAGAAACUUUGGAGGCCCGAUGGCUAUUUUGCAGCAGUCUGUGCAUUCUGUAGAUAAAGACAUCAAGGAAAAUGAAGACAAUCUGCGCAAGUAUUAUAACUCAAAAAAACAAAUACAGACAGAGCUUCGAACAUUGUCUGAACAAAUAGCAGAACUGGAGAAUGUGGAAGAGCAGGCUUCUACAGACAUUGCUACUCUGGAAAAAGAAGCAGCAGAAAACACAGAAAUCAUAGAACUUGUUAGAAAAGAGGUGGAACUGGCAAAUGAGAACAUGGGGUGCUUGAAAUUACUUCUAACAAUGACAGAGAGUAAUUAUGAGGAAAUAAAGAGGAAAAUCAUCUCAGUGUCAGAGGUGGCUGAACCGGUAAAGGAAGACCUUCACAGAAUUGACCAAGAAGUGGAGAACUGUAAGCGCCAUAAGAAGCACUAUGAGGACAAACUGAAGGAGCACUUAGACCACAUCCAAAAGCGAAAGGAAGAAGUAGCAGGGAAAGAACAAGAGUUGGAGGUGAAAAUUUCCCAGGCCAAAUGUAUCUGCCCAGAGCGAAUAGAAGUCAGUAGAACUGCUAGAAGCUUAGACACCGAAAUUAAUCGGUUAAGGGAAAAAAUCAACUCUGAAGAAGUUCUCCACGGAAACAGAGAGGAAAUAAUAAAGCAAUACUAUGAAGCAAAAGAAAGGUAUCAAGAUGCAGCAAGAAAAAUUAAGCACCUGAAGAGGUUUAUUACAUUGCUAGAUACAAUUAUGGAACAAAGACACGAGUGUUUUCAAAAGUUUCGGAGGAGCCUGACUCUCCGGUGCAAGUGUUACUUUAUCUGGUUGCUGUCACAGAGGGCCUACUCUGGCAAGAUCAGCUUUGACCAUAAGAAUGAGACUCUGUCAAUAACUGUCCAACCAGGAGAUGGGAACAAAGCAGAACUGAGUGAUAUGAGAUGUCUUUCUGGUGGAGAGCGAUCAUUCUCCACUGUGUGCUUUAUCCUCUCUCUCUGGUCUAUAGCAGAGUCACCAUUCAGGUGCUUGGAUGAGUUUGAUGUCUACAUGGACAUGGUAAACAGAAGGAUAUCAAUGGAUAUGAUGCUCAAAGUAGCAGCUUUACAGAGGUUUCGGCAGUUUAUUUUUCUAACGCCACAGAAUAUGAGCUCCUUACCUUCUAGCAGCAUCAUCAGAAUUCUUCGAAUGAAAGAUCCUGAAAGGGGGCAAACAACGCUGCCUUUCCAGCCAUUAAAUCAAGAGACAGAAGAUGAGGAAUAAUUCAAUCCUCCUCCAGUAGUUCUACAUUUUAUACAUGGGAUUUUAUAUUGAUUGUUUGUAACUUUAUAUUUACCCAUUUACCUACUGUAUAUAAAUAAUGUUAUGUAAUUACCAACACCAGGUGGAACACUUAAGUUUGUAUAGUUUAAUCCUAUCAGAUGUACCAGGGAUCGUUACCUGCUGAUUGGUUGUUCAGGGUUACUAGAUCUUGAGCAAUCAUCUGUGUUAAAUAAUAACACCCUAAGGAUUAACAUAAUAAAAGGUUCAAAGUUUAGGUCUAGUCAUCUCUAGCAACCAAUCUAGUAACUUUUAGGGCAGUGGCACACGGGGAGAUUCCUCUCAAGGCAACUUCGGGCGACUUCCGGAAAUCAUAGCAACGCAUAUGCCAUCCCACCGGCGAUUUACAUUCUUGCUGGUGGGAUGGCAUUGCGGGGAGAUUAGCCGCCUGCGACAACUAAAAUUUGUCGCUGGGCAACUAAUCUACCCAUCUGUCACUGCGGUACCUGUUGGACAGUAAACAUCUUAUUGGUUGUUAUGAGUUACUGCUCCUGCCCAAACUUUUGGGGUUAUGUAAUA